CCUUGUCCUCAAUCCUCCGUCUUUUUUCCAGAUGCAUUUUCUCUAUUCCGACUUCUUCCCUUCAACAUUGCUGUCAAGCAUUAUUGCCGACAGUCUAAGAGUUCUUUAGGUCGGGAAAGGAGGCCGUCGCUCACUGCCAGCCAAUGCUUCAAUUUUUACGUUCCUAAUCCAACGUCCCCAUGACAGUCUUUACAGUCAAGUGACUGCGGGAGCUAGGUCGCUUCCCCUGUCGCUCAUCUUCAAUAUCCUCCGUAACAUCACAGCCAUCCUCUAGUGUAUGGACACUCCAUUAUUUCCGAUUGUAAUUCCUAACUAUUCCUUUUCAAUCCUCAAUCCCACCAUGAUACCCGGUGCCCCUGGGUAUGGUUUCUUCACAAUACCAACUGGUAUCGUUUCGAAAAGGAUAUACUAUGAUGUCUUUUGUCCACUUCCUCGUGGUUUGUAUUUGCAGCGGGCGAUACAGCUGCCUAUUCCCAAGUUCAAGCUGGGCCACCUCUCACUUACAUCCUUUGAUAUAUAAUAAGGCCUGAUCUGUUGGGUUGCCGUGUAGUCUUCAAGGCCAGGCCAGGCCAAACCAACUUCAGCUUCACGAUCCUAACAACCAACGUCCACCUAUCUUGCACUUUUGUCACCACCCUCAUCAUACCCGCCCCUCCACAACGCAACAUGUCAGGAUCUAGCUACUACCAGCGUCCCGCUCCGAGCUACUCUCAAUAUUCCACGUCUGCAAACACCGGCGGGCAGAGACGCGAUACACCUGCCAAUCAAGCGUCAUAUACCACCACAAGCUACUCACGCUCAUCCGACCCGAUGGACAGAUUCUGGGUCACGGGCCAGUCGUCGGCCAGGCCCAAUCGUGUAGCUGGACAGAUGGAGCAAUGGAAUAGGCAAUGGAGUUCGGCGAGUCGUCGCUAAUACGACCGGCUGGCUCUUCGAAGGAGUGUGUGGGAGCUUCCCUGCCAACCCACCUUAUGUUCUUGUAUGAUUAUGAUUAGUUUGCUCGAUACCCACCCAGCAUAGCAUCUCACAUUGUAUAUCACCAUUCGAGAAACUCUUCGUUCCCCGCAAAACAUCUACCGUCCCUUGACUCCCCACAUCACCACCUCACAUCGUCGCCAACCGAGGCCGCUGCAACACCCCGGGGAAGCGCAAAAGCAAAAGCGAGCACCCGCAACAGCGUUGGAACUCCUCCACCUGGGCUCGAACCAGGGAUCUCCCGAUUAACAGUCGGACGCCUUAGCCAACUGGGCCGUGGAGGAUUGGUGUUGCCGAAUGAGGCUCGUCAGCUGAGAUGCGAGGUCCGGAG